GCAGACGCAGUGCCCUGGGUCGGAACUGCUGGAAGAAUCCGCGCAUGCCCGCUCGGAAGCUGAGGCUGUGUGUAUUGUGCGGAUUCGACGUCUCAGGUGCAGCCGCUGUCAAUGUCAGUUUUGUCCAGGAUGUCUCUGUUCUCGCAGGUUGUCUGUCUGUUCUUGCUCGCCACUCUCAGCCUCACCCGAGCGCUGUACUUCCAUAUCGGGGAGACGGAGAAAAAAUGUUUCAUCGAGGAGAUUCCCGACGAGACCAUGGUUAUCGGGAAAUACCGCACACAGCUGUGGGACAAGCAGAGCAGCUCAUUCCUGCCGUCCACACCUGGCCUGGGGAUGCAUGUCGAGGUCAAAGAUCCAGACACCAAGGUCGUGCUUUCCCGGCAAUAUGGAUCGGAAGGCCGCUUCACCUUCACCUCCCACACCCCUGGAGAGCAUCAGAUCUGUCUGCACUCCAACUCCACCAAGAUGGUGCUUUUUGCUGGGGGGAAGUUGAGAGUUCACCUGGAUAUCCAGGUAGGGGAACACACCAAUAACUACCCUGAGAUUGCAGCCAAAGACAAGUUGACAGAGCUGCAGCUCAGAGUCAGGCAGCUGCUGGACCAGGUGGAGCAGAUCCAGAAAGAGCAGAACUACCAGCGGUACCGUGAGGAGCGCUUCAGGAUGACCAGUGAGAGCACCAACCAGCGUGUGCUGUGGUGGUCCAUUGCUCAGACCAUCAUCCUCAUCAUCACCGGCAUCUGGCAGAUGAGGCACCUGAAAAGCUUUUUCGAGGCCAAGAAGCUGGUGUAAUCCUGCAUGCCCUCUGCCAACCCCCUUCGUCCUCCAGUGCUCGUUACUGCGUCUCCUUUCUUUAGGAAGAGGUGGAGGUGCGACGAGUGGGACUCAACCUGAUGCCCAGACUAUUGAUCCAGCCAUUGAAGACUUUCACUUUGGCUCCGUGGAAAAAUCCUGUUGGACUCUCCGUGCUGGGAGUGGGGAAGGGAAGAGUAAUUCAAGUUUUAAAGUAAAGGCAGGUUCAAGGAAUGAUAAGAGUUUUUUUUACCUAUCUUCCUCCUUUUAAUGGAAGAUCCCCUUUAAACAAUAAAACAAUGGCAUUGCUUACUUGAUAUGGUAAAUGUCAGCAUAUUUCUGGUUCUAAUUAAUAGGUAAUUUGUACAUUUGAGGUGACUAGACGUUCUCAUUUACAGAAAUCUUAACCCCAAAAUUACGUUUAUUUUUUGUAAUUCCCAUGUCAGGGUUCAUUUAAAGUUCUUAUUGGAAUUAAGUGAAGCUUUGGUUUUCUAACUGUUGAUAUUUCAUCAGUGAAUACGCAACACAUCUGCAGACUGUACAUGCUGUGUGAUUCAUAUGUACUUUAAUAUUACACAUAGUAGGCAGUAUUCCUAACACAUGCAUUCCUCUCUUUUCUACCCAAAGUAAUGCAGGGGUAGGUAAAUAACUUUAAUAUUAUUAACACUUUAAUUCAGAAUGACAGUGGUGAGUUGGAGUAAAGUUUUGUUUUUCGUAUGAGUUGGAACCAAUUGCUUAACUGUAGUGGAGUAACUGUGGUCAAGUCCGUGGAAUGAAAUGUAGUGUGUUAGGUGAAGAGUUAAUGUGAAAGGAGGAAUUAAAAAAUACACUUCAGGUGAGGAACGUGAUGUUGAAAAACAUUAAGAUAAAGUGAAUACUAUAUUGGGGAAGAAAUUAUUUAUUGAGCUUUGAGAGAAAAACAAAUGAUUGUUGGCUUCACGCAAUGAAAGAAAUUGGUCUUGUGAAUCACAGACUGAGAAAAAGCCUUUUGGAUAUAAAUAUUUCAGCUUGAUAUUGCAGUACAUUUAAGUCUAUUUAUUUUGUUUUUGAAUUUGAAUAGUACGGUUUGUUACCUUUUGAUUGCCUGCUCUGUAUUGUCUGAUGUUUAAUGCCAUUAAUGUAUUUAUGAAAAUGUUUUUUCUGAUCAACAAUAGAUCUGAUCAAUAGACCCUUUCACAUUUUAAAGAAACAAAGAUAUCCUAUUGUCACAUGGUACUAUAUUCAUGCUGCUAAUACAAACCAGAAUGAAACCAAUGUCAUGUUGGAAUUACUAAUGCCUUUAUCGUUUUGCACCACACAUAACGUCGUUUUAACUUGCAAGAUGUGCAGUAAAACAUCACACCUCAUUUAAGGCAAGAGGCACGUUUCUUUCAGUAUAAGUAAUUUCUAACGUAAACGCUAAUUUUGGAUACGUGAGCAGCUUUUUCACAAGAACUGUUUUCAAUUAUCUGGUCCUUUGAAAGAAGACAACACUUACUGUAGCCACUUAUUCCUGUUUUUAAGUUACAGUAAAAAAAAACGUUUGUCCAGCUGCUGUACAUGUUUUUCUUUAAAUACAGAGCUUUGUGUUCAGUAAAUAAAACUGACUUAUGAAUACUG